UUUUAGCGGAAAGCAUUGAGUAAAAACGUACGCAAAGACGUGUCAAGUUCAACUGCCUCUCAUAAAUAAACGUGAAGUCAGCGAUCUUUCUCCAAAGCAAAGUGUAAAUGUGUGGUUUGGUAAAUAUUAUCGGCAUUAAUCCCCCGCAGGGGGAAUCGAGAGGACUCCUGCUGGCAUUCUGGGUACUGUUCCACAGUACUUUCAAAAACAGAUGGAGACAGAGAGUGGUGCAGGGGAGAUGUUUUUCUGUGAUUUACUUAAAAAAAACGUUGUUGCUCAGGCUGCAAGCUGCCGUGUGUAAAGAAAAAGCGCUCUUGGCCCAGCGUAAAGGACACAUAAACCCGGCAGGUUGCUGUGCUGUUUUAAAUAUUGGGUGUGUUACGUUUUAAUAACAGGGCGAUUAUAGGGAAGCAGCGCUCCGGAGUUCAACUCACAGCCAAGAGGAUAUAAAUACUUGACCUGAGUCAAAGCUGAAAAGAACAUUCUAAAUGAGACCAAAAUUAAUUACAGUGUUUACAUCUUUUGUGCAGGUGUCCUUGGCAGGACUUCUCUCAAUCAACUGCUUUAAAAACAUUCCUUCAGAGCUACAUCAGGUCUCGCCUGAGAGAGUCGAGAGGCUUUGAUUUUACUUUUGUUUUGACCAAAGCGGAGAAAAGCUUGAAUUCAUGAAUCCAUUCCCAAUGAAAAGAAAAAAUACUAUGCAGUGUUGUUCUAACAUAUUUGUUUAGAUGUGAUGAAAAACUGUAAAUUUGUAGUGCCUAGUACUAUUUAUUAAAAUAUAACAGAGAUUGUCUGCAUAUGAAGACUAAAUAUUCCAUUUAUACAAUCCUACCAUUAUACACAAUUAAGCAAAUUUAGGAUAUAACUUUAUGUGAACAUUUGUAAAAGAAAUCCAGUAGAUUGGUGCACAUGUAUGUAACAGUAAAAUAAUGCUAUUUGAUUUCUAGUCAGAAUCAUGGCCUUCGCCUUGUCUGAGGACCAGUUUCGGUGCGUCAUCUGUCUGGAUAUCUUCCACAACCCCAUCUCCACCCCGUGCGGGCACAACUUCUGCCGGGGAUGCAUCAAACGCUAUUGGGACACCAGAAACAAGUCGGAGUGUCCACUUUGCAAAGAGGUCUUCAAAACCCGCCCAGAACUCAGGAUCAACGUCGGAUUGAAAGACAUCACCGAGCAGUUCAAAAAGUCCAUAAAGGGCCGGCCGUCGUACAAGCCGGCCCCUCCAAAGAGGACGCCGCAUGUCGGACUGCGCCAGAAACAGCUUUCAAAAAACGAUGAAGUUCCGUGCGACAUCUGCCAUGGGAACGAGGUGAUGGCGGUCAAGUCGUGCUUCAUGUGCCAGCUGUCUUACUGUGAGAUCCACCUGACGCCUCACCUGAGGGACCCGGUGCUGACGAAGCACAGGCUGGCGGAUCCGGGCACCUUUGUCACCAGUCACCUCUGUAGGAGCCACAACAAGGUCCUGGAUAGGUACUGCAAAAGGGACCAGACACCCAUUUGCGUGGAAUGCAGAGAGGUGGACCACAAACACCACGAGAUCACCUCCAUCGGGAAGGAGAGCAAGUUGGUCAGGAUUCAGAUGAAGACGGUGGAAGCAGAGUUUCAGGACAUGGUCAAGGCCAGACUCUCCAAAUAUAAAGAGCUCAACAGUUCAGUAGAGAUCAGCGAGAUGAAUAAAGCCCAGGCGCUAGAAAAAAUCCUCCAGGUCGUCUCCAACGUGAUAGGCGUCAUCGAGAAAAACCAGGCUUCGCUCAUCGAGGAGAUUGAGAAGAAGCAGGGAGCGGCUCACAGGAGAGACGAGGCGCUCCUCCAGGAGCUGGGCCUGGAGAUCAACGAGCUGCAAAGGAGACGGAGCGAGCUGGUGCACCUGGAGAGCAGCGACGACCCCCUCCACCUCCUGCAGUGUUUCCCCUCGCUGAGGGCCUCGGUAUUCAGCAGGGACUGGUCCGCCAUCAGGGUGCAGCCGUCCGGCCACAUGGGGGCGGUGAGGAGAACUUUCACCAAGCUGGUGGACUUGUGCCAUGAUCUUGAGAAUCAACUGGCGGCAGAAGAAAUAAGUGACUUGUAUACAUAUGCAGUGGACGUGACUCUGGACCCGGUGACGGCGUCGGGCUGGUUGAGUCUGUCUGCAGACGGAAAGCAGGUGAGCCUCGGCCCCCAGCUGAAGAAACUCUCCCCACCUGACGAUUGGCGAAGGUUCGACUCCUGCGUGUCCGUCCUGGGGAAGCAAUGCUUCACCUCUGGGAGACAUUACUGGGUGGUUCAGGUCGGCGACAAAACAGACUGGGACCUCGGCGUGGCCCGGGAGUCCAUCAACAGGAAGGGGGCCAUCACGGUGCGUCCCGACAGCGGUUACUGGGCCAUCUGCCGGCGCAAAGGCGGCAGCCUCAGCGCCUGCGCUGGCCCCUCCUUCCCGCUCCGCCUCCAGGAAACGCCCCAGAAAGUGGGCGUGUUCCUGGACUACGAGGAAGGCUCUGUGUCCUUCUACGAUGCAGAAGCAAAGACCCACAUUUACACCUACAGCGGGUGUGACUUCCCUGAGCCUCUGUACCCGUACUUGAACCCCUGUCUCCAUGACAACGGGAGAAACACCGCCCCGUUGGUCAUCUGUCCCGUUGAGGUGAAUGUGGCGCUUUGAACGGGAGAGGAAAAUAUUCAUUAUCAAAAACAAAAUAUUGUAAUUAUUGUACAUUUUUUGGAUCUAUUUGGGCCGUCUGUGGAAUUAAGUUAUUAAUCCAUAAUAAUACAUAGAGCCAUAAAGAUGUCUGUUUACAUAUAAAGGAUAUAUAUAAUAAUAAUUUGAUCACUGUUUUUCUCGCAUUUAUGAUGAAAUAUUUUGACAAAACAAUAUGUCUUUUUUGAGUGAAAGCUUUCAAUGUACUGUGAGUGCUUUUAUACUGAAUA